AUGACGUAUGAAGAGCUCACGGUCAGAAUCAUCAGAAGGGGUUCUUGCCCUCAUGACGUGCCCGCGUCAAGUAACCUGGAAAGCUCUAAAUUCCGUGCCUGCGUCAAGUUCGCGGGAAAGGCUGACACCCUGUCAAACAGCACCGCUCUGUACCAUCUGGAUCUAUCAACCAGCCAUUUUGAAGGGGCCAACAUAUUUGACAAUCUUGCUGGAGAUAUACCCAUAUCACAUGCUGAUUGCGCAAAUCUGGAGAAUCUUUUUAUGCAAGCCAAUUUUUUCCAAGGAACAAUUCCACCAAAUUUGGCUUCUUUGAAGAGCAUCCAGCAAUUAGACCUUUCAAGUAAUAACUUGACUGGUCCAAUACCAAAAGAACUUGAGAAGCUUCAAUUUUUGAGCAACAAUUCUGGUUCUCGGUGCAUUGUUGUUUAUUUCUUGGUAUAUCAUAAAGGAGAAAGAAGCAUGGCGGCAGGAUUCUCUAGCAUGCCCGCAAGAAUCGAUGAGCUCUUGCUGCUUUCUUACCAUGAACUUCUUCAUGCAACUUCCGGAUUUUCUCCAGAAAACUUAAUUGGUUCGGGAAAUUUUGGAUCUGUCUACAAAGGAAGGCUAGAAAAACAUGGCAACAAGCUUGUAGCAGUUAAAGUUCUUGAUCUUCAAAAGAACGGAGCUUCGAAAAGUUUUAAGGCCGAGUGCAAAGCAUUGAGAAAUAUUCGCCAUAGAAACCUCGUUUCUAUCGUGAGCUAUUGCUCCAGUAUUGAUUCCAAGGGUGAUGAAUUCAAAGCUCUAAUCUAUGAGUUCAUGGAAAAUGGAAAUCUGGACCUGUGGCUGCAUCCUUCAGAGACAACUGAUCAGGCAACAAGCUCAAGAAGUCUUAAUCUUCUUCAGAAGCUAAAUAUUGGAAUUGAUGUGGCUUCAGCAUUGCAAUAUCUUCACGACCACUGCGAAGCUGAGAUUGUUCACUGUGAUCUAAAACCAAGUAACAUUCUUCUUGACAAUGAUCUUGUUGCUCAUGUGGGUGAUUUUGGAUUGGCAAGGCUUCUCCCAAAACCCAUCAACACUUCUUCCGAACAAGGAACCAGCAGUACUAUUGCCAUAAAAGGAUCGAUCGGUUAUGCAGCUCCAGAGUACGGAAUGGGUGUUGAGGCAUCAAUUCUGGAGGAUGUCUACAGCUAUGGAAUUCUUUUGUUGGAGAUGAUCACAAGGAAGAGGCCAACAGAUGAUAUGUUCAUGGAUGAGUUUGAUCUACAUAAUUUUGUUAAAAGGGCCUUGCCUUGA